UGCCUUUCAAUGCAUGGGUCUCUACUUUAUUGGCACGGGAGGCGCACGAUGAGGGUCAUGAAGGUGUGGCUGCAACCCUGCUGAAAAUGAGGAGGAAAGCCUGGGUCAUCCAAGGAAGAAAAAUUUCCCAAAAAGUAGUGGAUAACUGCCUUUUCUGCAAAAAGUCAAGAGCAAGAAGGUGCGAACAGGUAAUGGCUGACUUACCUGCUGAAAGAGCCACACCUGCAGCUCCGUUCGAGUUCACUACAGUCGACCUCUUCGGACCGUACCUUGUCAAAGAUGACAUCAAGAAACGGGUCUCAAUGAAAGUGUGGGGUGUCGUCUUCAGCUGUAUGGCCAGCAGGGCAAUUCAUGCAGACCUGGUCAACACAAUGUCGACAGAGAGCUUCUUGAUGGCUUACCAACGCUUUACUGCAAUUAGAGGGCACCCAAGAAAGAUCUGGUCCGACCCGGGGACAAACUUCAUCGGCGCCAAACCUGUCCUAAGAGAGCUGUACCAGUUCCUGGAUGCUCAGAAUAGAACUUCAAUAGAAGAGAUUUCGGCUCAAAAAGGUACCAAAUGGGAGUGGACAAUUCACCCUGCUGACUCACCUCACCGCAAUGGGGCUGCUGAAGCCGCUGUUCGCAUUCUCAAGAAGGCACUGCAGAGCCUGGGCAACAACACUGGCCUUAGCUACAGCGAGCUUCAGACAACACUACAACUUGCUGCAAACCUUGCCAACGAAUGCCCAAUAGAUGCCAGGGUGCAGAGCCAUGAAGAAAGCGUGCAGUAUGUGUCACCCAACACACUUCUCCUGGGCCGAGCCUCUCCAAGCGGUGAGAUCAGAACAUUUGACUUUGCGAACUACCCUUACAAGAGACUCAGAGAGAUGCAGAACCAGGUCAACAAGUUCUGGAGGUCUUGGAGCCAGCUUGCCGGCCCAAACUUAUUUCUGAGAAGUAAAUGGCACACUUCAUAUCGCAACGUUGCUGUCGGAGAUAUUGUCUGGUUGUGUGACCAAAAUGCAGUGAGGGGCCAAUUCAAGCUAGGACGGGUGGUGAGCGUUAAUCCAGAUGCUAAGGGCAUUGUUCGAGACGUGAACGUCAAAGUGGUCCAAAGCUCCUGCCUUCCUGUCACAAAACCCGCACUAAACCGGCCAUCGGCCAAAGUCCUGAAAGAAGCUACGCAAACCACAGUCCUGCACAGAGAUGUUCGACGCCUGGUUGUCUUGCUACCAGUUGAGGAUCAAACUCGGAGCUGACCGGCAGUAUGUAGGUGCUGAUUUACGAUCUUUCCAUCGGUUCCCGUGGGAAGAUUGAGUGGGAGGUGUGCUGACAAACUGCCUGGGAGCUCCUCAGUGGUGAAACUCCUCCUCCUUCAAUCAGUGGUGAACCAGGUGGAACAAAUCUUCCAGGCAAUCUGGGCGUGC